AUGAGCCAUGGCUCGGCUUCAAAAAAGCCACAUAAUAAUCAAACGACAAAUUCAAGUGAGGGUGGACGGAACGAUCAAGACACAAACACUGGUGGUUCCAACAUUUACAAUGUGAUAGCUAACGUAGACAUAUCGGAUCCCGAAUGGCUCGAGAAAUAUCAAAAGGAAGCAAUAUUUCGUGCUCUGAAAGAUUAUCAACGACAAGCAGAGCGUGCAUUAGAAUUUAACCAAGAACUAUUAGAAAAGGAGGUGGAAUACAAGAAUCGGCUGGAGAAGAUUGAAAAUCAAGAUGCUUUCAUUAAAACUUUGCGAUCGGAUAAAAAUGAGAAUUCGCAAAUUGUGGACUUUUUUACGCAUAAAACUCGGUACCUAAGCAAAAUCUAUCAAAAUGCUAUGGAAACGGUCGAUUUUCAGGAUAAAACAUUGAUCGAGGUUAAUGCCAUCACACGAGAAUUGGAAGCCACCAAAGCAAGCCUUGAAUCAACUUCUCAACAACUUGAAACCGCUCUGGACAAACUGGUUCAGCUGGAGAAAGAUAUCGAUAGAUCCAAUAGUUUUACCUUAAAUCCUUAUUUACUCAAUGAUAAAAAGUCCGAAUCAAACGAUCAUUCGAGCAAUUCGUCAAGUCGACCUAUUGUCGAAAGAAUGGAGUUGUCAGACUUGAGAACGCUCGCCGAAGCCCGAUUAAGAGAGUGCAAUGAUUCUCAAGCUGAGAAACUCAAGUAUAUUCCGGAGGAGCGCAUUAAAGAGUCUGAGAAAUUUAAGUCACUUGAGUUGGAGCUUAAUCAACUUCGUCAAGCCUAUGAUCACGUGCUUUCUUUGUUUGAGGAGAAAACAAGAGAGGUACAGAGUCUUACUUCCUCCCGGGACAAAGCUGACGACAUGUUGAAGUCGGAAAUGAAACGUAUGGAUCAGGAGUUUCAAGAGAUAAAACAAGAAUACCUUAAUGAACUAGAUCGCAUUCGUGCCAAGAGAAAUGAGUUGGUUAAGGAUGUGGAAACAUUGCGUUCCAUGAUACCACAAGACUUUCGUCAAAUCUCGGCAAUUCGUAUGCUUGCAAGCGAUCGCAUGGAGUUUAUCAAUAUCCUGAAGGAGGAGAUACGUAAGCUUAAUAUAAAGAUCGCGGCAUUUGAUGGCAACAAAAGUGCUAUCGAACAAAUCCGCAACGUUCAGCUGUUGCCGAAUGAAUUGACAUAUAGGGAAUCUCAAGCGACUGAUUUGGCCAAGUACAUAAUUGACGCGCUAUCUUACAAUGGAAAAUUGAAUAAAUUCGAGCAAAAGAUUUCUCAGGAUUCGCCCGCGGAGGAUCAACAGCUGUUGCAAAAUCCUGCCGAGUUGCUUAGUCGAAUUAAAGAUCUUGAAGACAUGAAUGAAAUUCUCAAGAAUAACGAGAAGUCACAGUCACAGGAGAUCGAAAUAAUGUUUAACCAGCUUGAAAAGAGAGAUGACACAAACCAUAAAAAAGCCUUUGAGAUCUGUUCACAGGACCAGAGGGUUUACACGCUGAAACAAUCGCUUACUAAAUUUCAACAACGCCUAAAUGCUGUGACGAUGGAAAAUGUUUCAUUAACAAAAGAAAGGAGCUCUAUGGCUGUUGUAAUUCAAAAUCAAAUAAACGUGAUUCGGCAAAAUAGUUAUUUGUUGACGAAUUACAAAUCUCAAUUGGAAAACCAUAAGAGGGAGGCGGACAAUGCCAUUCAGGCGUUGGCCAUAUAUAAACAGAAACUUCAGGACUAUGAACUCGAGCUCAAAAGGGAAAAGGCGGCUUCCGAAAACCUGCGCAUUGAUAGAACAAACAGAGCCAGAGAUUUCUCGGGUGAGAUACGGAAGCGCGGUGAAGAAUUAAAGGCGAUGUUCAAAGAGACCAGACACGUGAAAGAGCAGCUGGAUGGAAAAACCAAGCAAAUCGAAGAGCUGAAAAAGACCCAAUCAUCCAAUGUCCCUACGGACACCUCAAGACUCUUAGAAGCAUAUGAGCGUGUUAUAAAGGAGAUCGCUAUUCUCAAAAGGUUCAGAUGUGGUAUCUUUCCGCCAGGCCAAUUCUUUGAACGACAUAUUUUGGCAGACAGUAAACUGGAUCAACCAACUUCAAGUCAGGAUACCCUAAUAAUGAUAGACCUUUAUGUAACAGGAUGCAAGGAAUUAUCAAACGUGUCGAAUGACAAACACAAUUCGGAACUUUUUAAGCCAACGAAACUUGCCUGCAAUUCCGAAAAGAGUAUGAAACACGUCAGCCAUAUCGCCGGGUCGGUCGGCAAUUCCUCCGGACUCAGGAUCCUUGAGUGA